AUCAGCGCGCAGCUCUGUGUUUGUCCAGCUUUUUUGAAUUCAAGGAGACGAAACAUAGCAGUUUGCUGCGAGAAUGGGGCUUUACAGUUAAUUCGCAUUACACACAAUAACCGCGGAACUUGACGUAUUAUCUUGUUUCUUUGUUUUUUUUGUUUUCUUUAUUAGAAACGCGUUUCGUGUUGUAGCCGCGUGUGGUUUUGUUUGCAGGUGUUUUAGCUGCGUCCACCCUACCUGACUCUGCGGCGCCGGCCUGCUCCUGUCUCUCCUGCUGGGACAUCAGCUCUUGAUCUGCCAUGGCUGACAGCAGUACUCUCACACUGGGGGCGGCCCCCAGCCUGCUGGUGGACUCCUCUGUCUAUGACUCCAGGAUGGCCGAGACCUCCAGGGACCACCUGUUUCUUGGUCUGACUCCAGAGGAUGCUGAAGAUAUGCUGCCUCGUGUUGAAACCAGGGUUAUUCUUGUGGGAGAAGCAGGAAACAAUGAAGAACUUGUUAAGGCAUUGGAGGCCACUAAAAUAAUGGAGGUGCCAGUGGUAAAGAUUAAAGGAGCUGAACCCGGCAGUCAGUCGGGAGAAAAGUUUAUAAAAUCUAUAGUCAAUAUGGAAAUUAAGGUACCCUGUAUAAAGACUGACAAUGUGAAAGAGUUUGGAGAUGGAGAGAACGCGGAGUUUGAGACCGUGUUUGUGCUGACAGACUUUAAGUGCCCUGACUACAGCUACUUGUACAGGAAUGACAACAGGAUCAUCGGUCCACCUGUUGUGCUGCAUUGUGCAAUGAAAGAGGAGCCUCUUCCUUUUUCUUCUCGGCCUCUGUACUCCACCACCAUGGUCAGCCUGGUGCUGUGUUUCACUGGGUUCCGCAAGAAGGAGGAAGUGGUGAAUCUAGUGAAUCUGGUCCAUCACAUGGGAGGCACCAUCCGCAAGGACUUCAGUUCCAAAGUUACUCAUCUCAUAGCUCAUUCCACUCAUGGCGAGAAGUACCGGCUUGCUGUGUGUCUGGGCACGCCGAUCCUCAAGCCUGACUGGAUCUACAAAGCCUGGGAAAGAAGGAAUGAGCUCAAUUUUAAUGCAGGAGAUGAGGAGUUUCGGACCCAGUUCAAAGUGCCCCCCUUUCAAGACUGCCAGCUUAGUUUCCUGGGCUUCUCUGACGAGGACAAGAGAAACAUGGAAGAAAUGACAGAAAUGCAAGGUGGCCGGUAUUUGGAAGUUGGGGAUGAAAAGUGCACUCACCUGAUCAUUGAAGAAAACACUAUAAAGGAGCUUCCUUUCAUUCCAUCCAAAAGACUGUAUGUGGUAAAGCAGGAGUGGUUCUGGGGGAGCAUUCAGAUGGACGCCAGGGCGGAGGAAUCAAUGUAUUUCUAUGAAAAGCCGGAAAGCCCAGCUCUGAAGAAGUCGGUCUCUCUGAUGUCCCUGAACACGCCAAGCAGCAAUCGCAAGAAGCGCCGUUUGAAAGACACCCUGGCACAGAUUGCCAGGGAAACGGAGAUCUCCCCCUUCCCCCCACGCAAGAGGCAGUCUGCUGAGCACUCCCUGUCGAUGGGCUCUCUCCUGGACAUCUCCAACACGCCCGAGUCGGGCAAGGCCGUCGGAGAAAACAUAAAGACAUCAAAAUGUUCUGCCCUGGCUCCUCCCAAGCAGUCUGCGCGAUGGCAGGUGGCCAAGGAGCUGUACCAGACUGAGAGCAACUAUGUGGAUAUCCUCACAACUGUGUUACAGUUGUUUAAAAAUCCACUGGAGAAGGAAGGACAGCUUGGAGGUCCUAUUCUUGCACAGGAAGAAAUUAAGACCAUCUUUGGCAGUAUCCCAGACAUCUAUGAUGUUCAUACCAGGAUAAAGGUGGAGCUCGAAGAACUGGUUCUGAACUGGUCAGAGGAUAGGAGUGUUGGAGAUAUCAUUUUGAAAUAUUCGAAAGACUUGGUGAAAGCUUACCCACCUUUUGUCAACUUCUUUGAAAUGAGUAAGGAAACCAUUGUCAGAUGUGAAAAACAGAAGCCAAGGUUUCAUGCUUUCUUAAAGAUUAAUCAGGCCAAGCCAGAAUGUGGCCGGCAGACGCUGGCGGAGCUGCUGAUCAGGCCAGUGCAGAGGUUGCCAAGCGUUGCUCUCCUUCUUAACGAUAUAAAGAAACACACUGCUGAUGACAAUCCUGACAAAAACACUUUAGAAAAGGCCAUCGAAUCGCUCAAAGAAGUCAUGACCCAUAUAAACGAGGACAAGAGAAAAACAGAAGGCCAGAAGCAGAUCUUUGAUGUCGUUUAUGAAGUUGAUGGUUGCCCCGCAAACCUCUUGUCUUCACAUCGCAGUCUGGUGCAGCGAGUUGAGACGAUUGCGUUAGGAGAUAAGCCCUGUGAUCGUGGGGAAAACGUCACGUUGUUUCUCUUCAAUGACUGUUUGGAGGUCGCAAGGAAACGCCACAAAGUAAUAACCACGUUCAGGAGCCCACAUGGGACCACACGGCCUCCAGCACCACUGAAGCACAUCACCCUCAUGCCUCUGUCUCAGAUCAGAAAGGUCCUAGACCUGAGGGAGACGGAAGAUUGCUGCAACGCUUUCGCCCUCGUGGUGCACCCCCCGACCGAACAGGACAACCUGUUGUUCAGUUUCCAGAUGACGGGGGAGGAGAUUGUGAAGGCCGAGUGGCUCAAGAUGCUGUGCAGGCACAUAGCCAACACCAUUUGUAAAGCAGACGCGGAAGAUCUGAUCCACUGCACUGAUCCCGACUCGGUGCAAGUCAACACUAAAGAUGUGGACAGCACGCUGAGCCGAGCAUCAAGAGCAAUCAAAAAGACAUCGAAGAAGGUUACUAGAGCUUUUUCCUUCACCAAAACCCCGAAGAGAGUGAUCCAGAGGGCCUUCAUGGUGACCAGCACUCCUGAUGGCAAGAGCCCAACUUCUGGCUUGGAGAAUUAUGGAGGCGGCUGCCAGGCAAGCAUGUCAUCACUGGCUGGAACCCAUUCUCCUUCAAUGGUCAACCUUUCAUCGAUGUUUGAAAGGAAGUAUCACACCUUCAGUCGAUCUACAACUCACCUCAUAUAACAGAGGUGUUCCCUGCGAGCCUCUGUUUGUAUCCUGCAGUAGGAAUAGGUUCACCCGAUUGUGAUGGUACUAAAAUUAAUCUUGUAUUGUCUAACAUAAGCUCAGAUAGAUAUUAUCUAUUGUGAGAAUGAAGGAUUUUUUUCUAUUUACCUUUGUUACAUUCACAAUUGCUUAACCCGUUUCUGUCCUGUUUCAAUUUUCAAUCAUAAGCCGAUGUACAGAAUCGAAGGUAAUCUUUUGCAAAUGUACUUAUUUUUUGUACUGGCAUAAACAAUAUUUGCAUAUUGUUUUCAGUGAAAUAGAGAAAAAUCAGCCAUUGAGACUAUCUCUGUUUGUUUUAAUGUAAAACCUGCUGCUUUUGGUAACUGCAUGUAGAAGAUUGUCAGCUUUUAUAAAGCUUUUGAAUACCUAGUUUUAAUGUGCGAUCAAGUGUAAGAAAAGGCAGAAGCACUGUUGCAGGAAGUACAAAAGAGUUUUUUAAGCAGCUAAUUAGCAAAGUACAUUUUACAGGGUCUUUGGUAAUGGACCUAAGGUGGUUGGUCGUACAAAAAUUUGUUUGUUAUGCAUGUAUAUUUUCCAAAGCCUCCUAUGUGAAUCUGUUCCUUUCUUCCUUUGAUCUAUUUAUAUGUAAAUUUGCACUUUCUCUUCCCAAGUGUGUCAUACCUGUAAUUGUCCUAGAUAAUUAUACUGGAGUUUAGUUUUUAUGGUACAGUGCACAGUUUCUGUAACCUGAAGCACUUACCCUUAUAUUUAUGUUAUAAUUCAGAUAAUCUGUCAUACUAUUUGUAAUAGGGGUAGUUACAUGUUUAUUGGCCUUUUGGCCUAAACGAGUUACAAUUGCUGAGAAUAAUCCUGUCUGACAGUGGUUUUCCACAGCCACUUUUUAUUAUGAGUAAAACUGACAUUUAUUGUUGCUGUAUUACAAUAAAAGAAGAAAAAUACAA